GACGAACCGUCCCCAACAGACUAUCCAGGUCGCGCUCUACGAACAUCUCGCGCAUCUAUUUGCGGACCUCCGACCACCACUUGUGUCACUCUUUCUUCUCAAUGGGCUGCAUUCGAAUGGGGCAUGGUCAUCACCGGCACGUCAACAUCUCACCACACCAUCUCACCCUGGCCCGGGAUCUCGUUCUGCCUAGCCAACACGACGCAGCAGGCGCAGAGGCAUUUCGCGCGUUGGCGAAAGUCAUGCGCGGGAACGGCAACCGCCUUGCGAUCAUGCAGCUGAAUCAUGCCGGCCGCCAGUCUCCGAACGUCUGGGUGGCAGACACCGUUUGCUCCCCCCUUAGGACCGAGCUCCAUCCGUUUCGGAUCUGAGCACCCUGCCACCACCGACUCCCAACGGAUGCCGACAAAGGGAAUGCUGGCUAGUUUAAUAAACUGCUGAUGUUCCAGUUCCCACGGAGAUGUCGCUGGAUGAUAUUGACAAGGUUGUGGAUGAAUUCGUCCGGGGUGCGAAACUUGCAGUGGAUACCGGAUUUGAUGGUGUCGAACUUCACGCUGCUCACGGUUACUUGCUCGCUCAAUUCAUGUCUUCCAAGGUGUGCAGCGGUGUCAUUGGAAGUGGCAACUAUCUUAUACGACACGUAGUCGAACCAGCGAACAGAUAUUACUCAGCUCAAGGACUCAAACUGCUUCAUCGGAUAGCCGACGGGAUUCGCAUGAGCGUACCCUCCGAUUUCGUGCUCGGGAUCAAGAUCAAUUCUGCCGAUUAUUCGAGCAAUGAAACCACUCUUGUGUUCGAGCACUUUCGCACCAUCGCAAGCUGGGGAUUGUUCGAUUUCAUUGAAAUCAGUGGUGGUGAUUAUGAGAACCCAGACUUUAUCACCUCACGUCUAUCGUCGCGGCAGGCCACAUUUGCGACGUUCUCGCAAUCCGCAAUGCAAAUCGUGGAAGGUCUACCCAAACCUCCGCUGAUUCUGCUGACUGGUGGACUGAACUCGCCGAAUCUCCUCCACUCUGUCCUGUCCUCACAUCACGCACAUCUACUCGGAAUAGGCCGCAGCGCAGUUCUCCGACCAGACAUCCCCGAGAUCCUGCGGGCGUGCUCUGACUGGCAGUCCAAUGAACUGUUCGCACGGGACCCCGAUCUCCAGGCGGGGACACUCCGUCGCGUCUUCGAUCUCCUCCCACCCAUCAAGCUUAUCGGAGCUGGUGUAAAGAUGGCAUGGUAUACCAUUGGCAUGCGACGGCUUGUUGGUCUUCUUCAGGAGUCGAAAUGUAGACUGCGCGGUUUUCCACCUGUGGACUAUUCUGCAGGAGCAUUACGAUCCGUCAUUGUCAUGUGGGCCUGGUUUCAACCCGAGCUCGACGUUAUCGCCCCCAACAUCCAUCGCUUUUGGCUUCGCGUCAUCGCUAUGAUAGCAAUCGGAAUCAUGCUUGCCGCCGCGACCACCCGGCCUCUAUCAUCAUUCCACCCCAACACCUUCCUUUUCCUCGAAAUGCUCUCUGUCCGCUCGUUAAUCGCCGCCUGUCUUUUUCUCCGUACUUUUGCUGCCCCCACUCCCGAGCCCUGGAAGAACGCCCCAACCAAAUGCGACCUGACUGCGGUGGAGAUGAAUCUUCCGGCGAAUCAAACUGCGCUCUUGGCACCCAUGAGGCCUCCCCACUUCGUUGCUCUUGGUCUGGGUUUCCAGAAUUACACCUGCAAUCCUUCCACCUCGGCGUACAGUUCUAUCGGUGCGGUCGCAUUACUGUUCGACAUUUCAUGCAUGGAUAAAGCGCCCGCCUCCACGAGUAUCCAACAGUCCGCUUUUGAUGCCUGGAGCCGCGCAGCACCAACGAUCACGUUGCAAGCCGUCCUAGCUUCGGUUGGGACCAAUGCCCUGCUCGGGUCACACUACUUCGUACCCUCCCCCACCGGCACCGGCAUCUCACCUGAGUGGGACUUUUCCGUCCCGUCGCACAACACAUCUGCCAUCGUGAUCGGAACCAAAGUUGGAGACAUCCCCGCCCCGAACAAUUCGACGGCAAAUGUCGAUUGGCUCGCUGUGAACGGUGUACAAGGCUCGCUCGCGUCCCAGGUUUUCCGGAUCGAUACAGUUGGUGGACAACCUCCCACUUCCUGUGCUGCUGGUUCAGCCAACAUCUCCGUCAAGUACACGGCAAAGUACUUUCUGUAUUGAGAGUAACAUCAGGGCAUAUUAUCUUAAUAGUGUCAUCUAAUCUCUCCAUUUAAUCUGCUUCUCAAAACCUUCUACAACUUGCUUCGACCUUUCCCGCUAUCUGCUUCGUCCCAAUUUGGAUCGCAUUCUAGAAUCGCUUCGGCUCAGCAAACACAUGGCCUACAUCCCGAUCUCUCGAACGACCCAUUGAGUAACGUUGGAUUAAGCAUACCGGGCAGAAACAUGUCUAGGCCUGUGGCAGAUCCGUGACGCCUAGGGCAGGACGGGCACGGAGUUCGGUCUAGAGGAGCUGCGUCGUCAUCAGGUUAGCGACUUGCUGCACGCAAGGUGCCCAGAUCAUUGUCGUGAUGUUGCAGAGGUGCGACGGGCACUUUAUACGAUGCCGCCCACAUUCGGGAGAUGGCGGUGGGGGAUGGCGAUGGCGAGGUGGAUAAACAGACGUGGCUACUUCAACUGCCUAAUUUCGUCAGUCAAGUGAACUGAUUCAGCAUGAAAGGUCAGACCUGCGGAUAGGGAUGGGGGAGCAGCACUCGGAGCACUGUGCUGAGUAGGGAGUUUUCAGCAGGCCCAAAUAGCUCCUCAUCGUUAUGUGAAUAGUUGCAUCAAGCCUGCGUAUUGAAGGUUCUGCGUCGGAAUUCUAGACAGUCCGAUAAGGUCAACGUCGC